AUGGAGGCUGCGGAGGAGGCCCUGUGCGCCGUCAUCGGCGACGGCGAGGCGCAGGGCGUUGACAUCGUGGCGGCGGGAGCGGCGGAGCUGCGCUGUGCCCAGCGGGGGCCCCGGCUGGAGGGGCGCGCGGCGCCCAGGCGCGAGGCCGAGGAGGCUGCCGUUGGGGCGAUGCGGGCGGAGGCGCCCUCCCUUUUUCCUGCCGGCCUCCUUGGGGCUGUCACGCCCGACCUCGCGCCUGAAGGAGUCGGCCGAGAUGGGGGCGUCCGAGCUUUGCGGGCGCGGCGCCACCGCGCGGCAGUCGCCGUGAGUUUCAGGGACUACGUCGACGCUAUCGCUGAGGACGGCAGCGAGCAGCUGGAGCCUCUGGAUGGCUGGCCGCGGGUGCGGCUGCCUAGGGGGCUCAG